AUGUUCUCAAGUGGCGCUGAUGCCAGUGAUGGAGCAUCCUCUCAAGGUUAUAGAAAUUGGAAUGUGACCACACUUUCAUUUUUUCUCGGAGAACACGUUGAUGUGUACUUUAUCCAUUUCAUUCUAUCAACUCUUCUUGUGGCAACAGUGCUCAGUUGGCUGGUAACAUGGUUCUCUGAGAGGAUGCGAUGUAUCCGAAUGUUGGAAACACUGCCAGGUCCAUCCUUGGAACUACCAAACAAUGCUUUCACUCCCCACGCGUGGCUUGCCCACCUGCCUCUGGCUGUGGAUUUUUCUGGGGAGAAUCCCAUUCCAGGCUAUCCAGGUCUUGCUCGAUCCGUUGACAACUUGAUCCAGCUGCACAAACAGUUUUCACAACAGGAGGGCAUCAUGCGCUUGUGGAUACUAAACCCAUUCAAGCUCACGCCCUUUGCCCAGGUAAUGGUGUUUGUCACAGAUCCAGAAAUGGUGCAGCAAGUCCUGAAAGCCAAGGACAUCUCAAAGAAUGUCAUCAAACAAGCCGACAUUUACCGACUAUGCAAGGCUUUGGCGGGUGACAGCUUGUUGGAAAUACUGGAAGACACUCCUCGCUGGAAACAUCAAAGAAAGCUCACCGCUUUGGGCAUGCACCAAAGUUUGUUGGAGCAUACAAACUCUGAAAUUAUUAAACUGCUCUACGAAACAGUUUUCCCCCAAUGGGAUGGUACUACAUCAACAGCUGAAACCUUCACCAUGGAAGCCGGGGAAUGGUGUACCAGGUUAGUGGCUGAAAUCCUGGGAAUUGUUGCCUUCAGCCAGUCUUUUGGUGGUCUGGAAUCAGAAGCAACAAACACAGACAACAACAAACAGUCCUUGUACGACCUUUUCAAGAAUCUGCAGUUCAUUAUCACAAAACGAUCUCUGCGUCCACCCUUCCUUAUUCCUUUUUACAUUAAGGAAAACAAGGAGUUCAAGCAAUGCCAAGACAAGCUCAACAAUGUAAUCAAAAGCAUCGUGGAAGAACGCGUAGCACAACACGAGGAAGCAAAGACCAGGCAGCAAGACAACGACACGACAAAACGUAAGCACCAGUCUCUUGGAGAAUUCAAUGACCUAUUAUCCUACCUGAUGAUGGAAGAUGAAGACGAUGACAGAUACCGCUUGACAGAGAAAGAGUUGCUUGGCAAUGUCCGCAUGUUCUUGUUUGCCGGGCAAGAUACUUCUGCCAUUGUUCUUUCCCAAACUCUCUAUGAGCUUGCCACUCACCAGUCUACCCAGCUUCGGUUACAAAAAGAAGUUGAUGCUUUGUUUGCCCAGUUUGAUUCACCGGAUCACCAACCUGCUUACAAAGACAUCAUGAGGCUCGAGUAUCUUGAUGCAGUUACAAAGGAAGCCUUAAGGCUUCACUCUCCCGCUGGGGUUGCACGGCGGAAUACUGUGGACAUUAAACUGACCCGGGGCGACUGCGCAUACUCAAUCCCCAAGGGAAGCAAUAUUUUUGUGUACCCUUUUCUAACAGGUCUUGGGGCUGGUCAGAACAAUGACGAUCUUGAUGAGUUUAUCCCCGAACGCUUUUUGAAGGAGGAUAGAGGCAAUCACAUCUUAGGUAGGCCAGAAUCAUGUUAUAUGCCAUUCUCAAUUGGCCCCCGUAAUUGUGUGGGUCAUCCAUUGGCAACAGCAGAAAUCAAAGUUGUCCUGGCCCACUUGGUGCAUCGUUACACUGUCCGCAAAACUGAGGGGUCAGAAGAACCCAUAAAGAUGAUGCAAAUAACUGUCAAACCACACCAGAUCAUGCUGAAUUUUGAACGAAGACACUGUUAA